CUAAAUCAAGAAGCUUUAAUUUUGGGUUUAGAGAAGUGAGGUUGAGGCCUUAUCCCCAGUGUAGGGCAUUUUAGAUUAGUGAUUUCUGAAUAAUCACUUAAAAUCUGCUUUUGAGGAAACCUCUGCUUCAAGUCUGGUUGAUUGGAUUGUUGUUACCAGCUUUUUUGUGCAUACCAUUAGAAUUUACAAAUUAGUUUAGAGUUCCAAACUAGCGCUCGUGAUUACAAUCAGUUAUGGGAACCUUGUUCCUGGACCAUAUCAAAAACAAGGCAUCAAAUUUUCUACUAGAGAAAUACAAAACUGCUAGGCUGACUUUUACUGAUGUUACUCAAGUUGAACUGUUGGCUGAGGAAGCAACAAAUGGUGAUCCAUGUAGCCCUGAUGCUAAAACAAUGACUCAAAUAGCUGCUGCCUCCUUUGAGAUGGAUGACUAUUGGAGAGUUGUUGAUAUCCUUCACCGAAGGUUAUAUAACAUAGAUUGGAAAGAAUGGAGGCAAUCCUACAAAGCAUUGGUACUUCUAGAGUUCUUACUAACACAUGGUCCUGAAGAGUUUGCUGACGAAUUUCAAUGCGAUAUCGAUGUCAUCCAAGAGCUGGGAACAUUUAAAUACAUAGAUAAGACAGGAUUCAAUUGGGGUGUUUGCAUGCAAAAGAAAUCAGACCAAAUCCAAAACCUUCUAGGAGGAGGACAACCACUCAGAGAAGCACGUUUGAAAGCUCUCAGAAUAACAAAUGAAAUCCAAGGGUUUGGAAGCACAACGCCUUCUCCUUCAUCCUUAACUCCUUCCUCUUCAUCAUCUUCCGAAGCAUCAAGAGCAUCGUUUGCCUCAUUUUCUACCACAAGUUCUGUAUGGAAUGACAUGAAUGAGCUUAGCAAGGGUUACCAAGAACCAUCACCCACAAAGUUAGAAGCCAUGGAGAGCUAUUCACCGGGUGGAAUACAUAGCGAUUACAAUAACAAGACUUGCAAUUUCCUAGCAAGUACAAGUGAAAAUAGUGAAGGACAGCUUUGGGGUUGCCCUCCAAUCCAAGAAAAAGGCUCGUUGCUAGAAUCCGAGGACGAAGAGGAUGCAGACGCAGAUGAUUAUGAUGAUUUAGAGUAUUUUGAGAAGGCACCAGAUGGUAAUUUUAUGAGUGGGAUGUUCUCAAAGCUGGUUAACAUUAGUCCUCCAAGAGCUCAUGGUAGGAAAGUUGGGUUUAGGAGUGUUUCUGAUGUGGGAAGGGAGGGCAAGAAAAGGUUUGAUCGCCAAUAUUCACUUUGGUAUUGAAGAAACAUGGAAGGGAAGUUAUAAUUUGUGCAAAGUGUAAUUAAAUUUUUGGAUAAAUAAGUGUUACCCAUAUUUCCCUA